AUGCCUACCCAUUCGUUCCCGGUUUUGAACCAGCAGUUCAUUGUCGACACAAAGUACCAGUUCAUUCGCGAGAUUGGUCAAGGUGCCUAUGGAGUUGUCUGCGCUGCAAAGAACACCCAGACAGGAGAAGAUGUGGCCAUCAAGAAGGUCACCAAGGUCUUUGAAAAGGCCAUUCUCGCCAAGCGCGCCCUCCGUGAAGUCAAGCUUUUGCGCCACUUUUCAGGACACGAGAAUAUUACAUCAAUCCUCGAUAUGGAUAUCACCAAUGUCCAGGAGUUCAACGAAAUUUACCUGGUUCAGGAGUUGAUGGAGGCGGAUCUUCACCAGAUUAUUCGUUCAGAGCAGCCCUUGACCGACGCCCACUUCCAGUACUUCAUCUACCAGAUUUGCCGAGGACUCAAGUACAUUCAUUCGGCCAACGUCCUUCACCGUGACUUGAAGCCCGGUAACUUGCUCGUCAACGCCGAUUGCGAACUCAAGAUUUGCGACUUUGGAUUGGCGCGUGGAUUCAGUGAUGAUGCCGAGUCAAACGUCGGAUUCAUGACAGAGUAUGUCGCCACUCGUUGGUACAGAGCUCCCGAGAUCAUGUUGAGCUUCCAGAGCUAUACCAAAGCCAUUGACAUGUGGUCGGUCGGAUGCAUUUUCGCCGAGAUGCUUGGAGGAAAGCCCUUGUUCAAGGGACGCGACUAUGUGGAUCAAUUGAACCAGAUUCUUCAGAUUCUUGGAACUCCGGAUGAGGCUACUUUGAGACGUGUUGGAAGCGAGAGGGCACAAGCUUAUAUUCGCAGUCUGCCCAGGAUGCCAACAAUCCACUUUCAACAGUUAUACCCUCGUGCCAGUCCCUUGGCGAUUGACCUGUUGGAGAAGCUGCUCAACUUUGACCCCGCUGCCCGUAUCACGGUCGAGCAGGCUUUGGCCCACCCUUACUUGGCUGCCUAUCACGAGGAGGACGACGAGCCCUCGCACGAGAAGAUCUUUGAUUUCUCCUUCGAGGUGACCGACCGUAUCGACGAGAUGAAGCGCUUGAUUGCACAGGAGGUGAUGUCGUUCAAGGCAAGCAAGGAGCAGGCAUUGGGAUCUCAGAACGGAGGAUUGCGUCGUGCGGCCAGUUUGUCAGCAGCAGAUCGUAAUGCAACGACACAUGCGGCCAGAGAUACCCCUCGUGCUAGCCAACAGAUCCAGGAGGAACCCGCGAUGGCGCAACAGGGAGGUGGACAUUUGGAAUCGGCCAUGGAGGUGGAUGAGGAUCUGGAGCGCGAGUUGAGCGGCCAAACCAUGCAGGCAUAG